AUGUCAUCGAAUACUGGUUCUCCCGUCACUGCCGAGGCUCUUUCUGCUGCAGCAUCAGCAAGCGUAUCACCAGCUCCUACUCCAAAAAAGAGCAACAAGUGCUAUCUCGAGGGUUGUGGAGACCGAGUUGUCAAGAUUGUUGGUGACUGUCGUUACUGUACGAACAAGUUUUGCGCAAAGCAUCGCUUGCCUGAAGCUCAUGCAUGCUCUAAUAUGGAACACUGUAGACAGAGUUCUCAUGAGCGACUUGCAGGCAAGCUGCUGAAAGAGCGAACAGUCGCUGCCAAAGUCUGA